AUGGCGGCUGCAGUCGCGACGACGAACCCGCAAGGGCUAGCACGAUGGACGCCCACCCUACCCACCACCCUCAUCAACAUGCUGAACCCCUUCGCGAACCCAAACGACGUCCCCGACGACAAGCAAUCCCAUCCUCAACACAAUGACCCGCUGCUCAAGCGACCGAUUCAUUCCACCAUCCCCAUCAAGUCCGCCGAUGCCGGCCCGCCCUCUCCCAGCAAGAGCAGUGCAUCCGUCAUGUUCGAGGAGCCCGAAACGAGGACCAAUUCCGAGGACGACUCGCGAGAAGGCAGCGUGGACGGGAGACGCCGAUCCAAGCGCAACAUUCGACCCAAGACCCGCUUCAGCAUAUGUCAUCCACCUCCCGAAUCCGCAGUGCGCUCCAGGCUGCAUCGCCGACCGCGAUCUCUCCUGCAACUCCAUAACCUGAGUACCAAUGCGCGACCGCGACCCGCAUUCGAGGUCAUCCCAUCCGCCAACUUUAGCCUGAGCCUUACCCGAGCCGUCACGCGAGUAUUCAAGACGAAGCAUGGAUUGUGUCAGAACGACGUAGUAGUCCUCAGGGCGGAAAAGUACAACAGUGACGAGGCAGACAACCACCAGGAGCAGGAUGUGAUCGGGUUGAUCUGCAAAGGCCGCAAAGACGAAGAGAAGAAUGUGGGAGGGAGACCCUCCAUCCACAUGGCUUCCGGUGCGGUCUGGGAUGCCAUGCCUAUGCCCAAUGGUGCUUACGAGUUCUCAUCCACCGACAAGCAUGGUCUCGCACUGAAGGUGCGAUGGGUGCCGAAGAAGAACAAGGACGGAAAGAUUGCCAUCAAGCGUGGCAAGAGGAGGUUCAACUUCAGCACCAUCUCCGCCAAUACCCGUCGGCAUCCGGUCAUUGCGAAUCUCAGCGGCAGUGGACUGGACAUCAGUGACAGCUAUAAGAUCCCGGAACCGGCCGCAGCCGCCCCUUUGAGCUCACCGGCCAAGGAAAGUGUCAUGGAGGAUGCCGCUGAAGAGGAGGAGGAUGGUUCGCAGAGAAACGAGACGAGUGACGAACUGCGUGAGAUCAUUACAAUGACCGCAAUCUGGGUGAAUUUCAAGGAAGGAUGGAGCCCAAGCGUGAAAUACGAAGAAAGAGACACUUGCUCGCCAGCUCCACCUUCGAGGGUCGGGACUGGCAGUACAUCCGUCAACACACCACCAGGCUCUCCAGCUGUAUUCCCGGCCGACAAACGCUCCAGCAUCAAGAGCAUUGGAUCCGGCAUCAUGCGAAGAACGAGCGUCUUGAGCCGGAGUAACCGGAGUAGCAUCGUUUCAGUACCGGAAGAAGACGAGCCAGGGAACGAAGUGCCCAGCAGGUCCGCAAGUGUCAGCAAAUCUACCGGUCGCUCGCGCGCGGAUUCGUCGAGUACGGUACUGGUCCACAGAGCUGCGAGCAACCGUCGAAAGAACAACCAGCAAGCGAUCGGAGGCUGGCGGCCAGACCAUCUCCUGACCACACAGGAUCCGCUGCAGGAGACUUCGAGGGAAGACCUCUCGCGUGACUUUUCUUCGACGCCUCCUCGCAAAGCCGCGUCUUCACUGCUGGCGGCGGCGGCGGCACAUGCAGGAUUCGGCGCAAACCCCGAAACUGCGAGCGGACGGAAUUCGGACGAGGAGGGGUCAGGAUCCGGAUCCGAGGGGGCGACACGACGAACGCCCACGCAAGCACCUCCACGACAGCGAUCGUCACGCCCACCCGAGGAGGUGACUACCACUCCCAUUAUUAAACCUGUGCAUAAGGAGGCCAGUCGGACUGCUUCUGAAACGACGAACGGUUCCUCUUCGGCAGUCGCGAGUCCUGGCGGGAGAGCCGUACCGUCGCGUAAUCAGAGUGGAAAGACGAAGAAGAGAAGAAGUCUAGGAUUGAGAAGAUUACUCUGUGGAGGAGGACGACAUGGAGAUGUGUGA